AAAAGCUCUUCCGCUGGGUGAGACGUGGCGGCUUCGGCAGGCUGAGCGCUGCAGAGCGGACAAACCCUCCCUCUCCCCCCGCGACAGAGCGAGUCCAGCUCAGCAGCGCCCACCACGUACAGCUGGAUGGCAGGGACAAGCCGGAGCGAACAUUUUAGGACUCCUUUCUGCCUUGCAGCACCCUACAUGUUGCUCACGAGUGCUGUGCAGAGGUCUGGCCUUAUGAGCACCGGACCUGGGAGGCCCGUUUGGGCGUUGGCUGCGCUCCUUGUUGGUGCUGCUUUGCUUGCUCUCACCUCCACCUCGUCUUCCAGUGGUAAGAAGACAGCUCAGACAGCGUUGACACAUGCUACGGCUGCUGCUUCUGGACCAGGAGCCUGGUGCGCUGAAGAGGUCCUUGGCUUUCACACCCUCACCAAGAUGUUAUCCAGAGAGGGUGUAGAUGUUUGGUUCUGCUCCCUUUUGGGCUCCAUUGCUGUGGGUCUCAGUGGGAUUUUCCCUCUCCUGGUGAUCCCCAUUGAGGCUGGAGCAGUCCUAAAAACUGAGGCUGGUUGCCAAAAGCUGAAGAAACUGCUGAGCUUUGCGAUUGGUGGACUCCUCGGCGAUGUCUUCCUCCAUCUCUUACCAGAGGCCUGGGCUCAUACAUGCAGCAGCGAUGGGAGCCAGAAGCACUACCGUACCCAGGGGCUGUGGGUGGUUAUGGGUUUGCUGUUCUUCCUGCUGUUGGAGAAGAUGUUUCCUGAUGAAGACAGUGCUUUAGAGAGCAAGGACAUUAACCAUGCCAACAAUCCCUCCUCUGUGGAUCUCCGAAGUGACGGUUUUAUGUCUUCCCAAAUAAACGGCAUCUUCUCCAACAAUUCCAACUCCAAGCCAAAGGCUGACAUCAGCUCUCUCCCUGGGACUGAGAAGAUCAAGACAAGUGGCUACCUGAACCUUCUCGCCAACUGCAUCGAUAACUUCACCCACGGCCUGGCAGUGGCAGGGAGCUUUCUAGUCAGCAGGAAGGUUGGCUUUCUGACCACUUUUGCCAUCUUACUGCAUGAAAUUCCCCAUGAGGUAGGAGAUUUCGCCAUUUUGCUGCGCGCAGGGUUCGACCGUUGGAGUGCCGCCCGCAUGCAGUUAUCAACAGCAUUGGGAGGAGUCCUGGGGGCAUGUUUUGCCCUGUCUGCACAGUCACAGCAAGGAGCAGAAAAUGCCACAGCAUGGAUCCUGCCUUUCAGUUCUGGAGGUUUCCUCUACAUCGCCUUGGUCAAUGUGGUGCCUGACCUGUUGGAUGAGACGAACCCCAGACAUUCGUUGCUGCAGAUCCUGUUACUCUUUUGUGGAGUAGGAGUUAUGGCCCUGCUUUCUACAAUAACAGACUAAAUGAUGGAAUUCCUUCCUCUUCUUACUGACUUUCCGAAUGGAAGAUCACAGUCUAAAGGCCAGGAGGACUGAUGGACAAUACACUCCACUAUUUAAGCUUUAAAGAGACUGAAUUUGAGACUGACCCAAAGGAAUGACCAGGUGUGUGUAUGGAUGUAUGUAUGGAUGUAUGGAUGUAACUUCCUUGUUUUGGACCUAUAAAUAGGCACUUUUGAAGCAAAAUUCUAGGUGAUGAUAAGCAACCGUUCAAAUGGUGUAAAAGGAGGGUGCUAAUAAGACCGCUGUGUACUGGGCUAAACAAUUCAUCCAGUUGAACUGUUCUUUUUAUAUCAGGCAUUUAUUAAUGGCCAUUGCUCAGAGACUAAAUGUUUUGCUCAUUAGAAUCUGUACACCAUUGGACAUUGAACAAGGUGUAGGAUAAAACAUGUUAACAGCUGUGAGGAACUAAUACAUUUAAAUCAGUCAAGUAGCUAGCUAAACAUUGCAUGAGUUGUGUAUCACCUCUGUGUGGUAGCAGUACACAUAACUUUAGUAGACUUGUAAACCUGCAUUAGUAAUUUACUUACACUCCACCCACAAAUGCAUUAUGUAGCGGCUGCUGUGAGGUUGAGCACACUUUACAGAAUGUCUGCAGAAAUCAAUUAAUUGGAAACUGUUAGUGUUUUACUGCAUACCAUUGUUUUCAGUUUAUACGGGCACAGUACUGAGCUAGACUAUGUUCAUGUAGCUUGUAGAAAUUACAUUUUCCACCAUGACAAUAUUAAACUUCACAACAGUGUGUGACCCUUUAGGCACAUUUAAAAUAUAAUUUGGAAUUGAUAACUCUGCCAUCUCAGGUUAAUAAUAUUUUUGUCAGCGUUCUCUAAAGCUUAUCCAGCUUUGCAACAGUUGCUAUGAAAGAACACCUUAGUGGGAGGAGCAUGGAUAGGUCAGUUGAACUGGCAAUAUUUAUCUCCUAAAUGUGCAUUUACCCUAGAUGCUUUGGCAGUUUACUAACUACAGUGGUACUAAGGAGGCAGGGUCAGUAUGGUUCAAGCUGCUUUCUCAUAAUCUCACACUAAAGCAUGCUUGAUUUUAAUGAGCAGUCUCAAGUAUUUGUGAUUUAAGACCAAUGGUCCAGCAGCACAUGCACAUAUUAAACCACAGGCAUACUGUAUCGGUAGAUUCAUUAACCUGACUAUGAACUCCUGUUCAUGUUCAUGUUCAUAACAGGUGCACUUUUUCUUUUCUAGUAUUAUUCCACUACUUUAAAUCAUGCAUCUUUUUUUUAUUCCAUGCUGCUUUACUUUUAGCACAGUGUUGUUUCAGAAAUGUAGUCACUUUUUUUAUUAUACUCCACUACACCACUUCUCUGUGGUCUGAAUAGAUCAAUGCAGUUGCAUCAGUACUUACAGUAUUAGCAGCUUUAUACUUUAGAACUGUGGUUGUCCUUACUGUGCAUUGUCCUCCUUUUCUUUCUUUUGUAGCCUUUAUAUUCCAGUCUUAUCUGAUGCAGACAGAACAUGGAUCACAAUCCUCUGUCCCUGUCCACCUAAAAAAAAAGACAUGGCCUUUUAUUUAAGCCCAGUGCCAUAUUGUACAAUCUCAGUAAGUAAGAAAAAAAGCAGGAAGAGCCAGCACACUGUAAAAUGCAAUGUUACUGAAAAGAAUGUUCUGAAGAUGUCAGUCAUCAGGUCAAAGCAAGUUUGCAUAAGUGUAUAUAUUUUAAAAAGAGAUAUUUAUUAUAUAGACAAGGUCAUGUGUGAAGAGGAAAGUUUAACUUUUACAUUUUAGGACACUCCCGACAUGUUAUUGAAAUAAAAGUGUUACGUGUUUGUAUUUUUUUUGAUAAUAUACUUUGCAAAAAUAAC